UGACCUGUAACUGCUCCAUGUCCCUUCAUCUACUAGAUCUCCUCUCAGCGGUGAAGCUCUUGGCCGGCUCCACCGCUGAGAUCGCAGCAGCAUCCGUUGGUGAAGAGAGCUCGGCGGAAGCUGUGCCCCACGCGGAGGUUGACGGAAUCGGUCUGGUGGAGACGCUCCUAGAAGCAUCUGAAGAGGAACCUCAUCCUGCAAGUGAGGUGGACCUGAAGGCUCCAAACAAUGAAGGUGCACCUGCAGAGGAUGAAGAAGCAGCACCAGAGGAGAAGGUCACUACUGCUGCAACAACAACAGAGGACAAGGAAUCAUCUGAGGAAAUCCAUCCGAUUGAGGAGCCAGAAAACAUCCUUCCUUCUACAGAAGCUCCUCCUGAAGAUGCUGCUCCCUCUGAGGAAGCUACACCUGUUGAGGAGCUCACAGAAGAUCCCACUUUAGGGGAGCAGACAAUGCCAGAAGAGAUUACAGCAGCUGCUUCCACCGGACCCUACCUGGAAGCGGUUUCCACUCCAGAACCCGAGGCAGAGUGCUGCCCGUCCUGCCAUUCAGCUCCAUCUACAGGAGAGGAGGAGCUGAGACCACCUGCUGAUGCUCCUGUAGAGGAUCUGGUCCCUGAGGUGGAGGAGAACACCACAGCUGGAGCCAAGGAGGAGUCUUCUUCACUGGUUGAGGAACAAACGACCAACUCUCUGGCAGUGUUGGCAGCUGGGCUGUGACCCACUGUGCCUUCAGUGAAUCGGGCCAGGCUGACGGAUGACAAGAAGUAGGCGCCGUUGCAUCACCUCUGUGAAGACUUGUGUCCUCUAGGGGCUACUGUUGCAUUACUUUUCAUGACCAAAGUGUUCUAGCUAGCAAGCAGCAAGUUUCUUGUUCAUAUUUAAACGUUAUACUAGAGUGCAACCCAUUUAAAAAGCUAAUUUGUACUUUUUUUUCCUGAUUAAACCCAUCUCUUAAAAAGGAUUGUGAUAGUUUUAGCAAAGGGGUCUGCAUUACCAUUCGGUCCAGUUUUUUACAAACCAAACCCCAGCAAGAGCCACAAGAAAAAUACACUUUAUUUAUGUUUUUGUGACCAUUAAACAUUUAUUUAUAAAAUUUAGCAUUUAAAUGUUUGCAAUAAUUGAACUAGAACAAUUUUAAUGCAUUUACUUUUGAUAGCAGCAUACACACGUUUCUUUCAAAAUAAAAUUUAACAUGUGUUAAAGCAUAUAUAGCAGCAUGCACAAGUUCCUUUCAAAAUAAAAUGCAACUGUGUUAAAGCAUGUAUAGCAGCAUACACAAGUUUCCUUCAAAAUAAAAUGCAACAUGUGUUAAAGCAUAUAUAGCAGCAUACACAAGUUCCUUUCAAAAUAAAAUACAUGUGUUAAAGCAUAUAUAGCAGCAUACACAGGUUCCUUUCAAAAUAAAAUACAUGUGUUAAAGCAUAUAUAGCAGCAUACACAAGUUCCUUUCAAAAUAAAAUACAUGUGUUAAAGCAUAUAUAGCAGCAUACACAGGUUCCUUUCAAAAUAAAAUGCAACAUGUGUUAAAGCAUAUAAAGCAGCAUACACAAGUUCCUUUCAAAAUAAAAUACAUUUGUUAAAGCAUGUAUAGCAGCAUACACAGGUUCCUUUCAAAAUAAAAUACACGUGUUAAAGCAUAUAUAGCAGCAUACACAAGUUCCUUUCAAAAUAAAAUACAACAUGUGUUAAAGCAUGUAUAGCAGCAUACACAAGUUCCUUUCAAAAUAAAAUACAUUUGUUAAAGCAUGUAUAGCAGCAUACACAGGUUCCUUUCAAAAAUAAAAUACGUUUUAAAGCAUAUAUAGCAGCAUACACAAGUUCCUUUCAAAAUAAAAUACACGUGUUAAAGCAUAUAUAUAACAGCAUACACAAGUUCCUUUCAAAAUAAAAUACAAUGUGAGUUAAACCAUGGUUCUCUUGCUCGUAAGAAGUUGAAUCUAUCAUGGUGACUCUGGUGCACCAUUAUCCCUUUUCUCCUUUUACCAUCAAAUAUUAACCCUUUUAUCACCGGAGCUCCAGUGUUUAUAAUCAUUUUUGAUUAUUUUGUACCACUUGGUGUAUUUUUUAUUUUAAAAAUAAAGCUGUGACAUUUCUGAAAUUUAGGAAAAAACUUUACCCAAAUAGUGGUUUUCUAGUGCAACUCUGUAUAUGCUUUAUCCUUGAUGCACAUAACAGUGUUUUAGACUAUAAUUUUAAAAAGAAAUUUGCAGAAAUAACCCGUAACCAGUUAUAUAUGAUCGCAUAAAUAAUCACAUAGUCAAAUAUAACACUUGCAUGUAUAUUUUUAUGCACUUUGCUCUCCUUUAAUGGGAUUAGCACAAAGCUUUUUGAUGUGUUCAGAUGUAUUUUCCUGUAGCAAAUUUAUUACAAUUUGUUCUCUGUAUUAUGGGCUCGAAUUUGAAAUAAAGUUGUGAUUAAGUAAA